AAAUAAUUUAUAUAGUUUUUUUAAUAAAUAUAGAAGUUGUAAAGAUUAGAAAUUUUUCAUUUCGGCAAAAAUUUAAGCUCUGAGUUUCAGAUCCGCGAUAUAGCUUUCGAAGCGUUCAAUGGCUAAAGCCUUCUAUUUACCGUUACAAAAUGCACGAAAGAAACUACAGCCCGCCGUCGCAGCAGCACCCAACUUCGCUGUUAUUGUUGUUGUGGUCAUAUUAAUUCUAAUGCCGCCAUUUUUCACGCGAGCGUCAGCCUUCCAGCUCUGCGGCGGCGAUCAUUUCGAAUGUCGAGACGGAAGUUGCAUCUUACGGGAGAAGAUGUGCGAUGGACGUCACGAUUGUCCGGAUAGCUCGGACGAAUUAAACUGUGAAAAGAAAAUGUGCCGCAAGCCGAAUUGGUUUAAGUGUGCCAAUGCCGACGGGCCCUGCUUGUCGUCGGAGCUUGUGUGUAAUGGCGUAGAGAAUUGUCCGGGUGGUGAAGAUGAAUUGGAAUGUGUUGUCACGAAAUCGAAAUGGAGUGCCUGGGGUUUUUCGAAAAGUGCGGACAUCGGCACUGGCGGCUGGUAUACGAAACGGAAUUGCAGCAACUUCGAGUAUACCUGUCGCUCGGACCAAACCUGUAUACCCUUGGACUUUAUGUGCGACGGCAAGAGCGACUGUCACGAUCAUUCCGAUGAAUUGGAUGGUUGUGAACGCGCUAAAUUGAAUUGUGCGGGUUUCUUUUGCGAUAAUAAAAAAUGUUUGGAGAGCAAAGCUUGGAUCUGCGAUGGCGUCGAUGAUUGUGGUGAUGGCAGUGAUGAACGCAAGUGUGGUUUCAACUGCAGCAUGGAGCAGGGAAAGUUUUUGUGUCACGACAACUCCACUUGCUUGCCAAUAGACGCGGCAUGCAAUGGCAAGACGGACUGUGCGGAUGGAAGUGAUGAAUCACGUCUAUGUGACGUAACCACUAGCAAUAAUUGCACCAGCAAAGUGUGUCCUCCCGUCUCGACGUGUCGCAUGUUGCCCGAAAGGGGCGCAGAGUGUAUUUGUCCCAAAGGUUAUCGCAUGUCGAUGCUGGAGAACGUCUGUCGUGACAUUGAUGAGUGUUUGGAAAUUUACGGUUUAUGCUCACAGAGUUGUCAGAAUACGCCCGGCUCAUAUCGUUGCACUUGCGAUGAGGGUUAUAUGCUGAAAGCGGAUAAUAGCACCUGUGAGGCAUUUGGCGGCGAUCCUCUGCUACUCUACACAACGCAAAUGGCGGUGAUGGGCGUACAUUUGCGCGAUAAGCUCGUUUACGCUGUGGCUAAGAAUUUGACUAAAGUGAUUGGUGUUGCUUUCGAUGGGCGCAGCAUCUAUUGGACGAACAUACAGAAUGAGGCGGAGAGUAUUGUGAAGGCGAAUGCUGAUGGCACUAAUCCUGAGAUCCUGCUCACUUCGGGUCUGGAUGCUCCCGAAGAUUUGGCUGUCGAUUGGUUGACAGGCAACAUCUACUUCUCCGACAACACCAUGCAUCACAUCGCCGUCUGCACCAACGAUGGUCUCUACUGCGCUGCACUUGUCACCGUUGACGUCCACCAGCCGCGUGGCGUUGCGCUCUGGCCACAGCGUGGGCAAAUGUUCUGGACCGAUUGGGGUCGCAAACCGAUGGUGGCACGUGCCUCUAUGGACGGCAGCAAUUCCCUGCCACUGGUCACCGAAAAUAUACACUGGCCCAACGGCAUUGCUUUGGAUAUGCACAAUAAUCGUAUAUAUUGGGUCGAUGCGAAAAUAGCAACCAUGGAGAGUACUCGCACGGAUGGCACCGAUCGUCGUCGCAUACUCGACGGUAUAAUGAAACAUCCUUAUGGUUUGACAGUUUUUGAAGACAACAUCUAUUGGUCGGAUUGGGGUACGAAGAGUGUGCAUAAGUGUAAUAAAUUCACUGGUAAAGGGCAUCAAGUGGUCACUAAGGAUCGUACCAUUUAUGCCGUGCAUAUUUAUCAUACGGCCAAGCAACCGAAAACCGAUCACGCCUGCAUGCGUUUGCGUUGUUCGCACUUAUGUUUGCUUGCGGAAAAUGAUAGAGCAACAUGCGGCUGUCCCGAUGGCAUGCAGUUGGGAUCCGAUCGUCUGCGUUGUGUGAAGAUACACAAGAAACAGCGACUCUUUAUCGGUUUAAUGAACUCGCUGCUCGAGAUGGAGCAUACGAAAUUCGGACGUCAUACAAUACUACAGUCCCACCAACUGCCGAUGUAUAUCAGUGAGAUGGCGUAUAAUAAUGUGGAGGAGAAAGUGAUCAUAGCGGACAAUGUGCAUCGCACUGUGAACGAGUUCGAUUUGUUGACGAACAACAUCUCGGUGCUGACGAGUGAGAAUAUUGGUAAUAUAACGUCGAUUGCGUUCGAUCAUCUGUCGCACAAUGUCUACUGGGCCGAUGCGGAGCGUCACGUUGUGGAGGUGUUCUCAUUACAAACACGUCAACGAGCCAUGGUGAAUUUCUUCGCUGGCAUGCAGGUCCCUAUAGCGAUGGCACUAAUACCGGAAGAUGGCGUUAUGUUCGUUGCUCUGCGUACACGUAAAUAUGUGCACAUAGAUCAAUUACCGCUCAGCGGUCAUGGACCACAUACACAUGCCUUUGAGGAAGAACUCGGAGAUGAUGACUUCCGCUUCACCCCAGACUACGAAACGAAAAGACUCUACUGGUCUGAUAGUGAGCUCGGACGUAUUUCCUACACCGAUUACCGCAAUCUGCAAGAUAUCACUUUCCGUACGCUACUCAAACGUCCUUACUCACUCGCCCUUGUCGAAGACGAUCUCUUCUGGUCGGAGUUGCGCUCGUCUGCCAUACAUUGGACCCCCAAAAAUAAUAUGGGCUCGGUGAAACGCAUUGAAAUUCAAGUCAGCCAACCCGCUUACACACAUAUAUUACCCACACGUAUACCUUUGCUAGCGAGUCAACCCGUCUCCCUGCAGGAUCAUCCCUGUCAGCAUAGUAACGGUGGCUGUUCGCAUGUUUGUGUAACUGUCACGAAGUUUUCUGGUGCUUGCCUAUGUCCGGCGGGUCUUGUCUAUCGCGAUAUGACCAACACCACUUGCAUUGAGGCGCUAGACUGUGAGUUCCGCUGCCACUCGGGCGAAUGUUUAACACAAUCGCGUCGUUGUAACGGCCGCAAAGAUUGUCCAGAUGGCUCAGAUGAGUUAGAUUGUGAUCCGUCGAGCGCAAAACAUCCGAAAGUUGUGUGCACAAUAGGCGAAUAUGUGUGCCACGACAACACGCAGUGCAUUCAAAUGGAAAAACGCUGCGAUGGUUACAAAGACUGUCGUGAUGGCUCGGAUGAAACGCACUGUGAGAAAUUCGAUAAAGACAAACGUUGCCAUAAACAUCAACAUGCUUGCGACAAUGGAAAUUGUGUUGAUCAGAGUGUCUUGUGUGAUGGCAUAGACGAUUGUGGCGAUCGUUCCGACGAACUGAAUUGUAAAUCGAAUCCUAUGCAAAUGAGUGGAGAUUUGCCAGUUUGCCCCACGGGCAUGUUCCAAUGUAAUUCUGGUACUUGCAUUGCAAAGAGCUGGGAAUGCGACGGAAAGUUGGAUUGCACGGACGCAUCGGAUGAGCAUGAGAAAUGUGGUAUAAAGGAAUGCCCCUCGGAUAUGCACAAAUGCAUGCUGGGUCAGUGUAUUGAUCGACGUCUCGUCUGCGAUGGACACAAUGACUGUGGAGACUAUUCGGAUGAAAUGAAUUGCGACUUCAGCACAGGCAAACAACGCAAUCUUACCUGCGGCUCACCCAGCUACCCCAUGUAUCAAUGUCCCAGCGAUCGCAGCAUUUGUAUGGAGUUAAGUGGUCGUUGCAAUGGGACUACCGAAUGUCCGCGCGGUGAGGAUGAGGAGAAAUGUGGCGUAGUUUGUAGUAUUUCCGAGUUCCAAUGCAAGUCCAAUAACGAAUGUAUACGCAUGGAAUUCCGCUGCGAUCGGGAUAAGGAUUGCACGGAUGGCUCCGACGAAAUGAAUUGUGAGCAUUACAAAAAUACGACCAUUGUCGGCGGUCAUUAUACGAUGACCAAACUGAAUGAACGUGUCUGCGGACCGAACAUGUUCGAUUGUCGAGAUGGUCAAUGUGUGGAAAUGUCCCGUGUGUGUAAUGAUUUCGAAGACUGCGACUCAGGCGCUGAUGAGGGACCACUCUGCCACACAUCAUGCACUGCUGUUUCCAAUCGGCCGAUUUGUUCACACAAAUGUCGCCCGACGCCGAUGGGUGCAGUCUGUUCAUGUUUCUCGGGCUAUCGCUUGGAUACGGAUCAACGUACAUGUGUCGAUGUGAACGAAUGCGAGGAUAGUGAGCCGUGUGCACAGUUGUGUGAGAACACGCUUGGCUCUUACCGCUGCAAAUGUUAUCCAGACUUUAUGUUGCGCCCCGAUAAGACCACUUGCAAAUCCAUUGAGAGCAAAUCAACGCUGAUGUUCUCCACCCACAAUGAAGUGCGCAGUAUGAUGGAACAGCCGAUCACGCUGCGAGUCGCAUGGGCGGUAAAUGACUCGAAGAUUGCUGGCUUUGAUUUGAACGUGCACAACCGUAUGGCUUACUUCACCACCGAUGUGGAGGAUGUGUUAUAUAAAGUGGAUAUGGAGAAGGGUGCAGUCAAAGCCGGACUUUGGGUACAGACGCCGAUAAAGGUGGCGGUGGACUGGAUAACAGAUAAUGUUUACGUCAUCACACGGGCAGCGCAAUACGGUAUCAAAGUAUGUUCAUUUAGCGCAAAAAUGUGUGGGCUCAUCGCACGCGCCAAUCCACGUGAGACAAUACGCGCACUCGCCGUGGAUGCGCUGAGUCGACGGCUCUUCUAUGCCACCGUACGCGCACAAACCUUUAGCUCGCCCACAUCAGAGAUCACUAUGACCCACUUGGAUGGCAAACAACCCGUUACACUGCUACACAAACGUGGCGGAUAUAUCACCGCCUUAGCUGUGGAUCCCUACAAACGUCAGCUGUACUUUGUGGAUAUGCAUACAAAGACCCUGCAAGUGUUGGACUACAAGCCAGGCAGUGCCAAAGUACCACGCACAAUCAUUCAAAAGGGUAAUGUUAUUAUGCAUCCCUCCGGUCUGACCGUCUAUGAAAAUCAAGCUUAUAUUGUGAACAUCGGCUCCAAGGAAGCUGUGCUCUGUCAGCUCUAUGGUACACACAACUGUAAAGCUUUCAAUUUGAACAUACUCAAUGCCGAAGAUGUGGUGGUGGAUGGCGCAACACGUCAACCGAUCGCCACAAAUCCUUGCAAUAUGGCGAAAUGUCAUGGCAUAUGUGUGCAGUCGGAUUAUGGAUAUGAGUGUAUGUGUGGCGAUAAUAUUGUGAGCGAACAUGUACGCUGUCCGAAGGAGCUGACAAAUGAGAUUUUGUCCAGCACUUUACUGGACGGAACUUCAUACACGGAAACGGACCAUUCAUCGGUUACACAUACCAUAGUUACAAUCACCUUGAUCCUCUUGGUUAUGGCUAUGAUUUGCGUUGGCUUAGGGUACUUGUACUAUCAUCGAUUGUCUCAGGGUCAUCGCGAUUUCAAUAUCAACCUGCAUUUCCAGAAUCCACUAUCUGCAUUCACCGGCUCCGGUGGUGACAGUAGUAAAUCUUCAAGCAACUUGCAGCAGCAGCAGAGUGGGAUUAGCAGCACAACCGCCACAUUCGAUGGAGACGCCCACAGAGCAGGAAGGUACGAGAAGAAGCAAUAUGUUCCGCCGAUUUACCGGUUUCUUCGGAAAAGUGGGAGUAGUUCGCCAACGGGUGCGGAGAUUCUUCUCGAGGCGACAGCGCCGUCCGACGAAAGAGAUGGGUUGGCGCUAUCUGAACGAACCACACCGACUGUCCUUGUGGAGCCAGCAUCUGUAUACACCACCAAUGCCACAAACCGACUUCAACAUGGUCAUGAUGAUGCCGGAACCGAAUUUGUCGCCUAGAUAAAUGCGUUGAAGAUUUUUCUCCACUAUUUCUAUUUAUUUUCUUCUUACAGUUUCCAUAAAUAUUUCCAAUUAAUUUGUUGUAUAUUAUAUAUUUUUGCAUGUUAUCAUUGUAUUUAUUUGUAAAUAUUAAUUUAUGUAUGAAAAAAAAGUUAUUGUAAAUUUAUCCAUCAGCCUAAUUAGUGUAAAUAAUUAUUCAGUGCAUUAUUUUUGUAAUUAGUUUUGCUUGAUUGGUUCGUUGUGAAUCCUCAACAUAAUAAAAAAAAACUACUGCUCAAA